AUGUCAGGACUCCAUAUCCAUCCUCACGAUCCUUCGUCUUCUUCCAGCUCUAUCGAUCAAUCCAAUGAAGCUUUCUUCGGUACCGGUGGUUUGUUUCUCGAACCGCCAGGCGUUUCCUCUUCCUUCUUCGACUCGAUCUCCUCCAAAUGCAUUUGCUCCGACUCCGAGCCUGUGCAUUUCACCGGUUACUGGAGAAAACAAACCCGUCUCCGCUCCGGUAAGGACUCGCUGUUCCUCUCCGUGAGCUUGAGUAAAAACGGAUCCGAGCGGGAAUGUAAGGACGCUUCGACGGAAAACGAUGAAAUCCGCGGCAAUGGAAAUGGAAAACGAAGAGUUUUCGGUGGAGUGAGGAGAAGCGGCACCAUGAACACACGGAAGCAUCUCUGGGCCGGUGCUGUAGCUGCCAUGGUUUCCAAAACUUUCUUAGCUCCACUUGAGAGACUAAAGCUGGAAUAUACAGUUCGUGGUGAACAGAGGAAUCUGUUGGUGGUUGCUCAGACAAUUGCGACGACGCAGGGGUUUAAAGGAUUCUGGAAAGGCAAUUUGCUCAAUGUUCUCCGAACAGCUCCUUUCAAAGCCGUCAAUUUUUGUGCAUACGAUACGUACAGAAAGCAAUUGCUUAGACUCGCUGGGAAUGAAGAAGCAACCAACUUUGAAAGAUUUGUUGCUGGAGCUGCUGCUGGGAUUACUGCAACUGUACUCUGCUUGCCUCUCGACACUAUACGAACCAAGCUAGUGGCUCGGGGUGGAGAAGCCUUGGGUGGAAUCGGAGGAGCGUUCAAGUAUAUGAUCCAAAACGAAGGAUUGUUGUCUCUCUACAAGGGUCUAGCCCCGUCCAUAGCAAGCAUGGCUCUCUCCGGUGCAGUUUUCUACGGCGUGUACGACAUCCUUAAAUCAUCCUAUCUGCAUACCCCGGAAGGAAGGAAAAGACUCAAAGACAUGAAGCAGCAGGGUCAAGAGCUCAACGCUCUAGACCGACUCGAGUUAGGACCCAUCAGGACUCUCCUUUACGGUGCUAUAGCAGGUGCUUGUACUGAAGUAGCCACGUAUCCAUUUGAAGUGGUGAGACGGCAGCUUCAGAUGCAGAUUGGUAAAAACAAGCUCAGUGCUUUAGCCAUGGGGUUCAUGAUCAUCGAGAGAGGAGGCGUCCCAGCUUUAUACGCUGGACUUUUACCUAGCUUGCUCCAGGUAUUGCCUUCUGCAGCGAUAAGUUACUUUGUCUACGAGUGUAUGAAGAUAGUGCUUAAAGUAGAAUGA